CAUGAGAUUAACCCCGUUUCUCCCAAAGAUGGAGGCUUACAGAAGCUUUUUCCAAUCCAGUUUGUGUUUUUUGUGCCAUUCACUCCUUAUUCCAUUUUCUCUUUCAGCUCGGUGACAGAUGGCGAGUCCCUCUCCCCCGGGGGGAAGCCAGUCUCUGUGAAUGCGGCCGCAUGUCAAUCACCGGCUCUCAUGUGAUGGCUCUUGCCAAUGACGUGCCAGCCAUAUGGGCCUGGCAUCAGAGCUGGUAUGUAACCCACCCAGUCCUGCCUCUGAGGUGCCACAUGCACGGAUCCCCUCCGCGCAUUCAGCGGGCUCAGGAUAGCAGCAGCAGAAGAAGAAGGUGAAGAAGGAGAGAGAGAGAGAGAGAGAGCGAGAGAGAGAGAGAGAGAGAGAGAGAGAGAGAGAGAGAGAGAGAGAGAGAGAGAGAGAGAGAAGAAACAUAGAUCUAGAUCGUCUCCUCCUGCAAAAGCAUCCGCGCAUGCAGGGCGUGUGGAUGUGAUGCCCACCCAGAGAGAGAUGGUGUAAACAAACCUGCUUCACCCCGUCACUGAGCUCCAUCACGGAGGUUGCUUGCACGAUGUUGAGCCGUCUGUUCAGCGAGGUGCUACCGGACGUCCAGAGGCUGGCGGCCGACUGGGCGGAGGACAAUGAGAGCGAGGACUGCAAAGCCAAGGACGACGAGCACGACGACGACGACCUGGACGAGCCGCUGGAAGGCAGCAGCCGAGCAGAGUCCGAGAUGGCCGGCGACGACGACGACGACGAUGACGAUGACGAGGCCGAGGAAGAGGAGUGCGAUGAUGAGAACGGUGGAGACAAACCCAAGAAGCGCGGCCCAAAGAAACGCAAGAUGACGGCGGCGCGCGUGGAGCGCUCCAAGGUGCGCAGAAUGAAGGCGAACGCGAGGGAGCGCACGCGCAUGCACGACUUGAAUUCAGCGCUGGACAACCUGCGCAAAGUGGUGCCAUGUUACUCCAAAACGCAAAAACUGUCCAAGAUUGAGACUCUGAGGCUGGCCAAGAAUUAUAUUUUAGCGCUUGGGGAGAUUUUACGCAACGGGAAACGUCCAGAUGUAGUGACCUACGUGCAGAUGUUGUGCAAAGGCCUGUCCCAGCCCACCACUAAUCUGGUGGCAGGAUGUCUGCAGCUCAACACCAGGAACUUCCUAACUGAGCCAUGCUCAGAGGGUGCCCGCUUCCACAUGCCCACCUCUCCUUUCUCUGUACAUCCCUACUCUUACCGCUGCUCCCGCCUCUCCAGUCCACACUACCAGCCCGGAUCCGGUGCAAUUAAUAUGCGGAGCCAUUCCUAUGGUUCUGGGUACGAGGGUGCGUAUCCCCCGGGUGGGACGUCCCCUGACUAUAACAGCCCGGACUACGAGGGCCAGCACAGCCCACCCGUCUGCCUGAAUGGCGGGAUGUCCGGGAGGCAGCAGGAGUCCUCUGACACGGACAGGAACUAUCAUUACUCUAUGCAUUACACCGGACUGACCACAUCCCGGCCCAGCCACAGCAUCCCGUUCGGGCCUACGGGUGCGCGCAGCGCAGGUGCGCACUCCGAAAACAUUCCACCUUUCCACGAUGUGCAUUUGCACCACGACAGGGCGCCCCCGUAUGAGGACCUUAACGCUUUUUUCCAUAACUGAGCCCUUUCAAUCAGACCUGUAGACCUUAAAGUGACAAUCCCAAAAUGUGUAAUAUUGUUUGUGGAACAAGAGAAGCUUCUGGAAGGAGGAGGCAGACAAAGUCCCCUGAUUUCCUUCUGUAUUCUACUGAUGUCAUCCCUAUACUGUGUUACAUCCUAUCAAAGUGUGUGCACUGCAGCAAUCUCCUGUAUGCAGAAUGAGUGCAACUGGCAUAAACCAUGUACAGGCCAAACAUGUUAUGACACAAACAGCAGAAAUAAAGUGUUUUAUAAUUGUGUGA